CGUUGAAAAGACUUUCGAGGUAGGCAAGGGCCUAUACUCUGCGGGUUACAGUGGAAGAGGCAACUUGUCGUGCUUCGCUCCCUAUGUCAACUGCUACAAAACUCGAACAGUCGUCUGUUGUUUCACUUCUUGGAGGGGGAGAUGCAUUUCAAGACUUCGGUUGUCGUUUCCUUGAUUCUCCUUAAUCUUCUGAUAGCUCCUGCGGAGAGCUGGUGGUGGAGGCGCAGACGCCGGCGUUCCCCACCCCCACCAGACACCACUGCGCCAACUUUUUCCUCCUGUCCGGGUCCCUACACCUUCACCACCACCGCAGCGGACGGUGGUCGGGCGGUGUACUACAGCACGCCAAAGGCAUCUGAUGACCGGGGAUCGGCCUCUUUGAGUCGCAUACGUGGGCCAGGCUCUGGAAGUCGGUUUUAUGAAGGAGUGACCACUGUGACGUACAGGGCUAGGGAUGGAGCUGGGAACACCAACUACUGUUACAUAAAGAUAACCAUCAAUGUGCCUCGUUGUCCGCGUGUUAGAUCAAGCAGUCAUCGGACUCACACCUGCACUAAGUCCAACAUUGCUGGCUCGUCCUGUACAUUCGGCUGCUCGACUGGCUACAAUCUGGUUGGAUACUCCUCAGUCACAUGUCGGACUAAUGACGUCUGGAAUAGGGGGUUCCCAACUUGUCAAGUGAAAACCUGCAGUCCAGCAUUGACUAGCCUCGCCAAUGGACAAAUCACCUGCACCAACGGCAACCGGUGGAACAGUGUGUGCACAUUCCGUUGCAACUCGGGCUUUGGAUUGUCAUCCGGGGGGAGCACCUACACAAGAACUUGCGGGAGCACGUGGUUGGGCACCUCCCCGACUUGUAGAGAUACCCAGGCGCCCAGCAUCUCCUGCCCUAGCUCCGUGUCUGCCGAGGCCGAGGAUGGACGAACCAGUGCCGUGGUCACUUGGGUUGUGACUGCUGCCGACAACGUGCGGACUGGACUGACGCUCACCCGGACUCAAGGCCUCGCCAGUGGUAGCCGCUUCAGUCAAGGGUCUCACAUCAUACGCUACAGGGCCAGAGAUGCUCAAGGCAACACACGAGACUGCUCCUUCUCUGUAACUGUUCGAGUGGUAAUGUGUACACCAGCACCUCAGAGCGGUCACAAUCUUCAGGUUAAUUGCCCCAACGGGCAUAUCAAGGGGGCAACAUGUACGUUCAGCUGUGACAUAGGAUUCCGAUUGGUCGGGUCAGAACGCUCCACCUGUCAGUCCAGUGGGUCAUGGACCUCACCUCAGCCGAGCUGUGCAAUUCUGCGAUGCACUUCUCUGACUGCCCCCGCACAUGGCCGUUUCAGGGAUUCCUCGAGGUGCGGCAAUGCCUACGGGACGUGGUGCCACUUUGUUUGUGACACAGGUUACAGCAUCACCGGCAGUGCCGACAGACGGUGCACGGUCCUGCCAGGCCAGACUGGCGUGUCCUGGUCAGGCUCAACCACGGGAUGCCAAAUCAACAGGUGUAACACCCUAACUCCAGGUGAAGGACUGUCCCCAACCAACAGUGGCACCUGUUCAGCCGGUAAAGUAGUGUCCUAUGGUACCACGUGUACUUACGCAUGCUCUGAAGGCUUCAGGUUGACUGGUACACGGACUAUAACUUGUGGGCCUGAUGGUCAGUGGCUUCAGACCCUACCACAAUGUGAAGUGAUCACCUGUGCACAUAGUGACCUGCCUGCACCAGUAAAUGGAGUGAAGAGCGGCUGCACCGGAGACCAGGUCCCUUACGGCACCACCUGUAGACUGUCAUGUAACCGUGGUUACACGCCAACAUCAACGGCAUACCGAAGGUGUCAGAGCAACAGUAACGAUUACGGGGUGUGGUCCGGUGGAACCAUCACAUGCACCAUUGUGACUUGUCCGUCUCUGUCAAGACCUGCCCAUGGCACCGUGUCCACCUGCCAACGCAACGGAAGCAACAGACCUGUGUCGUCACGGCAACCCUUCGAUACAGUGUGCAACACAGCUUGUAACGUUGGUUACACUCUAUCAGGCUCGGCCAGUCGAACCUGCCUCGUGUCACGGGGAUGGGAUGGAACCGCAACCGUUUGUCAGGACGUCACGGAUCCAGUGCUGGAGUGCCCUUCAGAUCAAGUCGUGUUUGCCAGAGAAGGGCACGGAAUAGUUUCAGUCCCUUGGGACUGGGAGCCAGUCACGGGCACGGAUGCUGGCCGUGAGAUCACCGCCGUGCUGCUGUCCAUCAACACCGUACCUGUCACCGGCCCUAAGCCAAGUACCUUGGAAGAAGGGACCUACUCACUGGUCUACGCGGCGACCGACAACGCUGGCAACUCGGGUUCCUGCUCUAUGCAACUAGAGACCAAAGUGACCCGAUGCUCAGGACUUCCACUUCCGACCAAUGGCAUACUGCGUCUCACAUCUGGCCAGGGCACGUGCUCCCAUCGUGUCGUGUACGGCUCCCAGUGCGACAUCAGCUGCAGGACUGGCUACACACUGUCAACAGGGGGCGUUACUCUGAGGAGAAAGUGCCUACGUGUGGCCGCAGACAGCACCCAAGGAUACUGGACCGGUUCUCAGCCAACUUGCGUGGUCAACACCUGUAGAUACCCAACUGUUACUGAUGGUUACAUCAGCGGUUGCCAUGGCAACACUGCCACCUACGGGGACACCUGCCAAUUUUACUGUGACCUGGGUCACAGGACAGCCAGCGGAGAGAGUAACCGCAACCGCCAGUGCCAAGCGGAUGGAUCAUGGAGUGGACCUGACUUCCAAUGCACAGUGAUAAUCAUGUGCCCAGGCCUUCCUCCUGUUCCCAAUGGAUUGGUGCAGCCCGCCCUCUGUGCUCAGCCCGGGACGCAACCGUACAACACGGUGUGCAGCUUCUCGUGUGACGACGGUUUCAGACAGGAGGGACCCAACAGCAAGACGUGCGCUGACAACGGGUCCUGGGACAGCCGUGAAAAUGCGGUCUGCAUUGACGAGCAGAGGCCAAGAUUCAAUGUGGCCUGUCCGCAGCACGUGAACGUCAGCAGUGAGUUUGGGACGACCUCAAAGAGAGUGACCUUUGACCCACCGACUGCCACCGACAAUUCUGGCAAUGUCACAGUCACAAGGGAAGCAGGCCACCUAGCUCCAGGAAGCCUCUUCCCUGAAGGUCAGACCACUAUCACUUACUUUGCCUCAGACCCGGUGGGGCUUUCUGAACAAUGUGACAUCAUCGUCAACGUUGAGGUGCAUCGUUGUGAGAGACUCCAAGCUCCCAGUUCUUGCUCCAUCCAAUGCAACCACCCUGGCUUCAUCGCCGGCACCGAAUGCACCUUAAGGUGUAACAUCGGUUACACACUGAGCGGUUCACGACAGAGGACUUGUCAGUUGACCAGUGAUGACAUGCCCUACUGGGAUGGAGAGACCACUGUGUGCACCAUUGUAAGAUGCCCUGCCCAGACAGCCCCGCCCCACUCCAUCAAGUCUGGUUGCAGCUUCCCUUCUGAACCUUAUGGCACUGAGUGCUCCUUCUACUGUGAGAAUGGUUACGAGGCUCAGACUAGCGACGGCGGGAGGUCUCGUUGCCUGGCUGAUGGCACCUGGUCCGGAACUGAUCUCGUCUGCAAUGAAAUUGAGUGUCCAGUCUUGACACCCGGCGCCGGUAUCAACGUUUCUCCGUCAUCUUGCUCCAGCCGGCCUGUAUUUCCCCAGAGCUGCAUGUUCUCCUGCUCCCAAGCUGGUUUCCGUAUUGAGCCAGUGGGCAGUACCAAUGUCCACUGUGUGGGCAACGGAAGGUGGUCGGCCAACGUAUCGCGGAUCGAGUGUGUUGAUAUUGACAGUCCUGUAUUGAGUUGUCCAUCUGCACUGACUGCCUAUGCUGGUAGAGGCUCCACCGUGGCCCAGGUCGACUUCCAGGUUACAGCCUCUGAUAACAGCGACUCUCAGCCUGCCGUGACCUGUGACCCAGAGCCAGGAGAGUUUAACCUGGGUCAACACGGGGUCUCCUGCAUGGCUGUCGAUGAGACCCGCAACUCCGCAAGCUGUUCCUUCCAAGUUGAAGUAGUUGAGCGAGUUUGCCCCAUCCUACCGAUCCCUUCCCAUGGGGAGUAUGCGGGGGAUUGUUGUCGCAUCUACGGCUGUGUCUGUCACCUGAGAUGCAUCGCCGGCUACCGAUUGGUGGGUUCCAGUGAGGCUUCGUGUGAAUUUAAUGGUGAUUCUAUGUACUGGCAGAGAGAGGAGACACCGCAUUGUGAAUUGAUCACGUGCGACGCCCUGUCAUUACCCGAAUCCAUGCAGGUCACUCCGUCCAUUUGCAUGGCUGGUAGUCCACGAGCUGAUACUCUCUGCCUUUUCUUCUGCCCCUAUGGACUCAGUCUUGUUGGGGAUGUGUCGCAAGUGUCCUGUGGAGAGCAAGGACUUUGGGAUGUGGAUACCAAAAACUUAUCAACAGAUUGCAAAGAUUGCAUUUUUCCAGUCCUGACCUUCUGCCCUCUACCGAUUUAUGCUACCAGAGACAGUGUCAACGGAGUCUCAGUGACCUUUGACAUCCCGACCGCCCGCGACAACAACCCGUCUGGCACCUUGACUCUUGGUACAUCGCCGGCCAACAUCACCUCACCUUACGUGUUCACUGAGUCUACUGAGGUAUCUUAUGCAUUUACGGAUGAGGGCGGCAACACGGUCACCUGUACUUUCAGUGUUGAUGUCUUGGAUGACUUUGAGCCAGAGGUUGUUUUCUGUCCAGAGGGAUAUGAAAUUACAGCCUACGAAGGACUCGUUGAUGUCACCUGGGAAGAGCCCAUCUUCCAUGACCCUUUGGGUCAUGACCUUGAGGUCAUUAACAAUAUUGCCAUCGGCAACACAGCAAAGCUCCGCUGGGGUAUAACCAUGGUGGUGUACACAGCCAUCAACACAGAUAAUGGACAAAAGGCGACUUGCCAGUUUGCUAUCAACAUUACAGCCAACAGCUGUUCCCACCUGCUGAGCCCCAUAAAUGGUGCACUGUCCUGCGUACCCUCUGGUCUCAUCUGCUCGGCCUUUUGCCAUGAGGGAUACCAAUUUUCAAGGUCUCUGGGUUGGGGCAGGCCCACGCCAGAACAAUAUGCCUGUGGAUUGAGGUCUGGAAACUGGUUUCCGCACGACUUGGUACCAGAUUGCUCUAGACGGAGGGGUAAUGUAAACCUUCCCAUGAGUCUUAUGUACUUCUCCGGAGAUUGCAGCGAUCAAUCCACUCGGAACCAAAUAGCGGCUGCUUUCAUCACCAUGAUAGAGAGCUCCGCUUACAUGGAGGCCUGCUCGCUGACCAACGAAUGCAACAUUGGGAAUGUGCAGGUGCAUUGUGGGGCAGGCGGCCGGCAGCUCGGACGCCGGCCUGGUAUUCAGCGACAUCGCCGUGGGACGGGUACGACUGAGGAGUUUCGUACCAAUGAGGAUGCAACAUGGGAUAAACUGUUUGCACGACUGGAUGCCACGCGGACUCACCGGGAGAAACGGGACGCCGACAUCGACUUUGGCAUCUUCAUCAGCUUCGACCUGAGUUAUGAGGUCCCCUAUGAAACGGGAUGGACAGCCAGGAUGCGGUGGUUGUCACGGAAACCAAAGUGAAGGAACAAGCCGAUAAUCUCAUGACA